CGUAUCGAGAGACUAUACUCUUUUCGAAAUUCUAUAAAAAAUAAAAUAUCUAUGGCUGUCUUAUUACGGGAAAGUUGUAAAUAAUUUUCUUUAAAUUUCUGACGAAGCCCCUUUCAUUAGGACCGUAAGAUAAAUAAAAAGUGACUUAAUGAUUAAAAAGUGAGUUCAAAAAGUGAUGGAAAACCAUACACAGUGUGCCUUAUGAAACAAAAAACUAUCAUUGCGCACGAUACCUCAACGCCAUUUUGAAGCGAAAUUUUAUAUAUAGCGGGCGGCGCAGAGGAUGGCCCGGAGCGACGGGACUGUUCUAAUUAACUGACGGACGCCGCCGGCUUCCAGCUGGCGCAAGCAAUAAAAAUGCCACGGCCCGGCAGUCUCAAAGACCCAGACAUUGCUGAGUUGUUCAGCAAACAUGAUCCGGAGAAAAUCUUUGAGGAUCUCCGUGAGAUCGGUCACGGGUCCUUUGGGGCGGUGUACUAUGCUCGCUGCAAUCUCACCAAGGAGAUUGUGGCUAUCAAGAAGAUGUCAUACUUGGGCAAGCAGAGCGAGGAGAAAUGGCAGGAUAUCCUGAAGGAAAUUAAAUUCCUGAAACAGUUGGAGCACCCAAACACUAUUGAGUAUAAAGGUUGUUACAAGAGAGAGCACACGGCAUGGCUCGUCAUGGAGUAUUGCGUCGGGUCAGCCUCCGAUAUUAUAGAGGUCCACAAACGGCCCCUGCGCGAAGAGGAGAUCGCGGCGAUAUGCGAGGGAGUAGUGUGCGGUCUGUCGUACCUGCACAGCCUGGGCCGCAUCCACCGCGACAUCAAGGCAGGCAACAUCCUCCUCACGGAGAACGGCACCGUCAAGUUGGCCGACUUCGGCAGCGCGAGCAUCAAGUGCCCCGCCAACAGUUUCGUCGGCACCCCUUACUGGAUGGCGCCAGAGGUCAUAUUGGCCAUGGACGAGGGACAGUAUGACGGAAAGGUGGACGUUUGGUCUCUGGGCAUCACCUGUAUCGAACUGGCGGAGCGGAAGCCACCGUAUUUUAAUAUGAACGCAAUGUCUGCACUCUACCACAUCGCGCAAAACGACUCGCCCCCUUUACAGGCGCCCGAAUGGACGGACACAUUCCGCUACUUCGUGGAAGCGUGCCUGCAGAAGAACCCGCAGGACCGGCCGUCGUCCACCAAGCUGUUGUCGCACCCGUUCAUAACGCGGCCGCGCUCCCCGAACGUGCUCGUCGACCUCAUACAGAGAACCAAGGCCGCCGUGCGCGACCUGGACAACCUCAACUACAGGAAGAUGAAGAAAAUACUCAUGGUCGAUGGGGAUAACGAGAGUGCUAUUGGCGACAGCGAGGAGACGGCGGAGGAGCGGUCGGGCGGCGACAGCUCCAAGUCGAACUCGGCCACGUCCGAGCACAGCGCGGCCGGCGCCUCCAGCCAGAGCUCCUCCUCGGGCAGUCUGCGCCGCAGGCAGCGCCCUAUGAACGCGAAUCACCAGAACCAACAACAGCCGCAGUACCAGCACGUGAAUCACCAGCACACGCCGCUCUCUACCAGAGUUCGCAAUGGCUGGCUUUACUCAUGUUGGUGUUUCGUACGCAGAGAGAGCGAGAGCCCUCUGCCGCCGCCCAACGACGAUUACGUGAACAAGGACGCGAUGCGCGACUACGCGAACAGGGACUCGCUCGGCGACGACUACGAUGACGACUACGUGAACCGCGACGCGAUCCGCGAGGCGCGCGAGCGAGAGCGCGAGAGGGAUGCGCACGCGCACGCGCACGAGUACCGCGAGUACGUCAACGCGCCCGCCGCCUGGCACCACGACGCCGGCGACGACAACCGCAACACGCAGCGCCGACAGACCUGCCGGAGUAUAAGUAAUAAUGUGUCGGCGGCGAUGUCGCUUGUGUCAGAGCACGGAGCGAACAACUUCGCCACGAUACGAACAACUAGCAUAGUCACCAAGCAGCAGAAAGAACACAACCAGGAGAUGCACGAGCAGAUGUCCGGCUACAAGCGCAUGCGGCGCGAGCACCAGGCGGCGCUGCUCAAGCUCGAGGAGCGCUGCAAGGCCGACGUGGACGCGCACAAGGCGCAGCUUGACAGGGAGUACGACGCGCUGCUGCAGCAGCUCUCGCGGGACCUCGAACGGCUGCAGACCAAACACGCGCAAGAGUUAGACCGCAAGAUGAAGCAGAACACAGCGGCAGAAAAGAAACUGGUGAAGGACAUCACCGCGCGGCAGGAGCAGGAGCGCAAGGCGUUCGAGGCACAGCGCAAGCGCGAGUACAAGGCCAACAAAGAGCGGUGGAAACGCGAGCUCAGCAUGGACGACGCCACGCCCAAAAGGCAACGCGACGCCACGCUACAGUCCCAGAAGGACAACCUGAAGCAGGCGGAGGCGGCGGAGGAGCUGCGGCUGGUGCGGUCGCAGCGCGAGUACCUCGAGCUCGAGCUGCGGCGCUUCCGACGCCGCCGCAUGCUUGCGCUGCACCACAAGGAACAGGAGCUACUGCGCGAGGAGUUGAACAAACGUCAAAAUCAGCUAGAACAGGCGCAUGCUAUGUUGCUACGUCACCACGAAAAGACUCAGGAGCUCGAAUACAGGCAACAGAAGGGCGUUCACGCGCUUAGAGAGGAGCAAUUGGCAAACCAGCAUGCAACGGAACUCGCCAACCAGCGCGAGUACAUGCAGCGCGCCGAGCAUGAACUGCGCAAGAAGCACGCGCUACAGCUCAAACAACAACCCAAGAGCCUCAAGCAAAAAGAAAUGCAAAUACGCAAGCAAUUCCGCGAGACAUGCAAAAUACAGACGCGACAAUACAAGGCACUCAAGGCGCAUAUAUUGCAGAACACACCUAAAGAGCAACAGAAGGAAGUAAUAAAGACAUUAAAAGAUGAGAAACGGCGUAAACUGGUUCUACUGGGCGAGCAAUAUGAUCAGAGCAUCACUGAAAUGUUGCAGAAACAGACUGUCAGGCUUGACGAGAGUCAAAUGAUGGAGUGCCAGCAGCUGAAGAUGCAGCUGGAGCAUGAGCUGGACAUGCUGACGGCGUACCAGAGCAAGAGCAAGAUGCAGGCCGAGGCGCAGCGCAACCGUGAACGGCGCGAACUUGAGGAGCGCGUUGCUGUGCGUCGCGCGUUACUCGAGCAGAAGAUGGAGUGCGAGGGCGCGCAGUUCGUGAGCGAGCGCGCCGAGCGCACGCGGCUGCUGCACGAGCGCCACGAGCGCGACCGCGCGCACUUCGACAACGAGAGCGCACGACUCGGCUUCAGCGCGUUGGCGAUCGCGGAAGGCAGCCGCGAGGGCUACGGCGAGGAGGAGCAGUCGCUGUCGGGCUCGAUGCUGUCGCUCGCACACAGCAACUCCUCCGCAAGCUUCGCGGCCGGCUCGCUCUAACACCUCCCCUCCCGCCACGAUAGUGUCUGAUGCUGUUGCCAAAACCACCGCCUGACUACUGUCGCACGGUUACAUAUAAACUUGUCCAUGUCUACAAGCUUUGUGCAAACUGUAUCACUCAGAUACAUGAUGACUUCACUGGUAUUCUUCUGUCUCUGUAUUUGAGUUUAGAAACCGUGUGACAGGUUUGCUGCACAAAUCGUAACCGAUUCGUUUGCCCCCAAACUUGCGUAUUGUGCGCUAUCAAUCUAUUUAUACAAAGUUUCUGUGCCAUGCACUUUGCGCUUAUUUUAUAACUUAUACUUAAUUUUAAAAUGGCAAUGAUGCCGACGAUUUUCGGAUAUAUAGAUAUCUUAUUUAAAUAUCUCAAUGACUGGCUAUCGAACCGUUCGUGUAAGGCUUACCAGUAAAUUUGAGGCUUAUUACCGCGAGGAGCGGGAAGCAAUGUUAUACCCCGCCUUGUCUUGUUAUGGAUGAUUCUCUACUCGGUCGAACGCGACUGUAAAUCGAUGUCGUAAGAUGUGGUACUCGGUCUACCUCAUUAGUUGACACUUAGUAUUAUCGCAAAGGAAAUUAUUGAGUGGAUUGUGUAAAUGUGUUGUGUGACCACCAAUAGUAUUAUUACUGAGUAUUGAGUUCACUGUAUGUUUUGGCAGCAGCAUUAAAUUCCAUCUCCCACAUUGUACACUGAGACUGUUCUGCCCUCCCACAGGAUAAAGUUUGUAGUGAAAAGUUAGUGUAAAAUAACGGCUGCGAUGCCUAAUUUAUUAAUUUUAUGAUUGUAUUUUUAGUUGUGUCUUCCAAAAGAAUGCGUGCGGCAGUUUGUGAUCGAGGAAGGUGUAAAGUGGGGGGCAUUUCCUAUUCUAUUACACUAUUAAGUUUAUUGCACUCCAUUAUUAUGCUUAUGUGUAGCCGAUCAGACGAGUAAAGUUGAAACAAGCAUGCAAAUGUCAUAUAAGCAUCACAUUAUAAAGACUUGAAAAUAAUCUGUAGUCAAAAUAAUUCCACUGAUGAUAAAUAUUGUAUGCUUGAUUGAUUGACACGAGUUCUGCGAGAGUAUAUUUACUUGCUUACAUAAAAAUAUUGAACUGAUUGAUGUUUAUGAUUUAUCUGUCAAUUAACAUACAAUGUCUGGGUGCUUCAAACUGCGCCAACAGUAAAUAAAGUUAAGACUGGACUACGCUUAAAAUCUGAUAUCUUGUUCAAUUUUCUUAUAUGUUACUCCAUGAUGGAAGAACAAAUAAAUAGUCUAAGGAAAACACAAAAAUUGCUCACUUAAUAAGGUAAAAUAGGACAUAGAUACAAAAUCUAUAUAUUUAUUAUACAUUUGUUACAACUUUACUUGUCUCUGCUGACAAUGCAUCAGUGUGUUUCAGGCAUCUAUGUGCUCGGAUACAAAUACUAAAUAUUUAUACCCAGUGAAUGGUAAUCUGUAAGAAAAAUAUGUCAUAAGUUGUGACAGAUUGAAGAAUAAAUAAAUGCAAUUUAAUGCGAUUUUUACAAAAGACACGCAUAGCUAAAUAAUAUGUUAAAAGGCUGCAUAUCUGUCAAUUAAGAUACAUUAGUCGGCUACAAGCGAUCCACCAAUUUUACUGUAAUAGUAUAAUGCCCGAGACAUAUUGUUGCACACCUAAAAUAUAUAGAUGUAUGUUAUGAUGUGGUAAUGCGCGAGUCUGUCUCUCGCUAGCGUGGUGUUAUUUAAUGAUGUUGCAGUGCGUGAGAAUGAUAUGCUUUUCUAUUAGAUGUUUUACUCACAAUACGACUCUGUUCCGUUGAUUUUGAAUACGUCAUGAAUAUGAAUUCCACAAAAAAAAGCAAAAAUGACAUUUAUAAAUAAAUACCCCAGGCGAUUUUAAUGAACACGAGUUAGGAAUAUUGUGCGUUGAAUAAAAAAAUAUUUCUCUAACAAAAUCGAUCUCUUAGCCAUAAGUUUGACUUCAAUCUCUUGAAUAUUAUUAGACCGUCCAUCUUUGAAAUUGCAACAUACUGUUUGCCAUAAAACGAUAAAAAAAAACGACGGAACAGUGUUUUUUAGGGAUUAUGAUUAAACCUAAAAAUCUAGUAUUCCUGAUCUACUAUUGUAUAAUGUAGUUUGUAAUAAGUUUCCAUAGAGGUUUUAGCUAAUUUUUCAUCUUGAUACUCUGUCAAACAAGAUUAGAGGAAGUCGGUAAAUGCGAAGGUGAGCGCGUCAAAUGAUAGUUUAAGGUAAACUUUGUAGUGUAACGAAGGAAUGUUAAUUCGCGGAGUGUACCUACGCUUAAAGUGUUGACUAAAGGCAUUAAAAUAGAUAAGUAGCCUGCUCACGGCCAAGAAGUAAAGGAAUGUUGAUUGACAAAGUGUACCUACUGUUAAGAUGUUUGACAAAAGGCAUUAAUUAGUUGAAGUAGUCUGCUCACGCCGCGUCGACUCCCGCGCCUGCCCUCGCUCGCCGCCGUGGACCGGGGGAAAUUAUUAUUUACAACGUUAGAUAGUCAAAAUUAUACUAUUCAUAUCACUAGAUUUUACUUUAGAAACGAUUUUUGAGUGUAAUUAUUGUAAAAGUAAGUUGAAUUUUUGAUGAGCCGACUGGUGUUUGUUUAUUGGCCUAGAAUUGAGUUUAUUGAAUGUUUGUAACUGGUUUUGUAUUCGAAAUUAUUAUGCUUGUUUGGUACGUUUUAAAAUUCUAAACGUGUAACAACGCUUUACUAAAACAUAGAAACGUGACGUGACGCGCGCACGCCGAGUGCGGGCCCGCUGCGUCGCGCGUGUAAAUAUAAAGUAUAUAUAUAUUAUGUAUUAGCGAGCACACGAUAUGCCUUACUGGCGGAGGGGCGCGCGGGCUUCGACGUUAUUGUAUAUAAAGAACAAUAAUAUUAUUAAUAUAACUAUUAUACAUAGAUUGUUACAUUUGUAAGGUGCGAGUGCGGUGUUUGUGUACAUUGAGGUGCGACGCUCGACGCACACGUGCUAUUUUCUUUAUUUACUAUCGAAUUUAGUGUCCUAAUACACUACGUAUUGUCAUCUUCACUUACCAGUCAUGUAUGUAUAGACGAAUACAUGUUAUAUAGCGCGAUUUUAGUCAUAAAUAUCCAAAUUUAGUUAAUAUUAUUUUUAAAUUAUUUUUCAUUUUAUAUUGAUUAAUGACUUCUUCCUGUAUCACAUUGCUUGUAAGCAUCACACGAUGUGAUCGUUUUAUUUUGAGUCGGUUAGCGAUUUAUUGGUUAGGGACUUCAAGUUGACACCAGCGAGAAAUGAAUGUAAAAUUAUGUAAAAUAUAAACGAGAUUUGUAGCUGUUUGUACACUGAAAGCGUGAGGUAGCGCCGCGCGCGAACUACUUUUAAUAAUAUUCGCUUAAAUUCUCUAGUUAAUGCAAACCCACGCGCGGCGUUGCCAACGAACGUUUGUUAUAACUUAGCCUCCACUCUCCCUCUUAACUGACCAAGUAAAUGACAAUAAUCUCUAGAAACAGCUUCAUUCGACUCGACACCAAUGCCUCUGUGUUGUAAAUAUUGUUUACCAUCGUACGACAGCGCAGCGAUUAUUGCGGCUAUUUUCUUCUCCUGUGGAAAAUUUUACGUCCAUCGCUAAUUUAUAAACCCAAUUAACAGUUUUUUGUAUGUUUGUAAGAGUCCUAUACAAUCGGCCUACAAUUGUUUCCAAGCGUAAAACUAAACACAAAAAUAUGUUAUAAACCAUUAAAAGAAAAUUGUGAUGAGUUAGAAUUAUUCCACAAGCCACAUUCAUCAAUGUUAUCAUUUUGAUAUUCAGUUUCGUCUAUUGUAUAAAAAAAGUUGUUUAUUAUUACAUACCAAACUUCACUAGCCUGUUCUGAAAAUUAAGUGACCAUAACAUGAUAAUUUUAUAUAGUUUAUCAUAACAGCCAAUGUAUAAAUAUUAUCACAUGUCGAUUGCGCCAUAAAUAAUUUUAAAACAUUCAGAUUAGAACUAGCGACGUCACACGACGGCGAAACAAAUAUUGGUAUGGAAAUGCUCUCUAGAUAUAAGGGACUCUUUCCCUCAGUAUAUUCCGCUGCGGUCACAGUAUCUGAAAUCUAUGCACUAUGGAAUUGAAUUUAAGAGCUGUAUGUAGGCUUCUCGCAAUAGACGGUCGGUACUUAAAGUUAGGCGCGUAGUAUUUCGCUCGCUGUUGUAGUUGAACUCUGCCGGAGCGCUACAAAUGACGUCCCGCAGACGGACGGCGGAGGCAAGAGUGUAGUGCAAAGGUGCGUAGGCGCGUCUGUCCCUACCUUCCAUCGUUCGCUGUUCUAGAGUUAGGUGUUAUCGGUUACGUAAGAUCCCUCGACAAAUCACCAUCGAAAAUAAAAUAUAAAGUU